GGUUAUUAAAGGACCAAACCAAUUUCUUUUUCUUCUGCACUCUCUCUUUCUCUCACCCAACAACUAAAGGGCGGGGUUAGUUGUUUAAUUUGGUUUCCUUUUAUUGGAUGAAGACAAUCAUGGCUAAGAGUAUCCAAGAUUCUCCCUCCAAGAGGCACUUCCAUUGGACAACCAAAGUUAGCAAUGAAGAAGAAGAAAAUCCCAGCCCCUCAGAUACAAAGAGUAGUGAUGUUAAACAAGAAGAAGAUCCCAAAAAGAUUGUUUCCCCAUUGAAACCUCAUCAAGACCAAGAAUCUUCUUCUUCUUCUGCGGCGGGUACAAGCAGGCAAGGCAGGGCGGUUUCCAGGCUGAAAUCCGUGGUGAGUUCAAUUCGGAUGAACAGAAUAAUGCAAUUGCUGAUGAAGCAGCGGCGCCGCCUUGGAACCAAGGUGGUCGGCACUCUUUUCGGGUACCGGCGGGGCGGGAACCUGCAUUUCGCGGUCCAGAAAGAGUCCGCAUCGGAGCCGGUUUUCUUGGUUGAAUUGGCCGUCCCAAUUUCCGGGCUGGUUCGGGAAAUGGCGUCUGAUCUUGUCCGGAUUACUCUGGAAUGCGACAAGGGUGAGAGGACUAAAGGGCUCUUAGAUGAGGCUGUUUGGAGGACGUAUUGUGAUGGGAAGAAGUGUGGGCUCGCGAAUCGGCGUGAAUGUGGGGCGAAAGAGUGGGAGAUUUUGAAGUCCGUUGAGCCUAUUUCUAUUGGUGCCGGCGUGUUGAGAAUAGAGAAUAGCGACGGAGGAGACGGCGGCGGGUUCUCAGCCGCCGGGGAAAUCAUGUACUUGAGAGCCACGUUUGAGAGGGUUGUUGGGUCUAGAGAUUCAGAGGCAUUCUAUAUGAUGGACCCAGACACUAAUGGAGCUCCAGAACUUGGUCUUUACCUGCUCAGAGUUUAAGAUAAUAGUUGCCCGCCCUGGUUUAAAGUGGACAGAUCUUUUGUGCCCUUGUGCUGAGCCUCGUAAUUUAUCAAUGUUCUAUCAGAUCUUUAGAAUUGAAAAUUCAACCUGUUGAGAGAAGAAUAAUAGUAGUAACAUUCUAUUUAGUUAAGGAAAGGAGAUCCAUCUAGUAAUCUCCGAUGUUCAUUUUUAUGUUUUGUCUUUCCUUUUUUUCAUUUUUAUGUGUAUUUUUCGUGAUCAUACAACGCAGAAGAAUGUGAUGUUAAUAUAUUUGGGGGAAUGGAAAAUACUUUAGUAUUAUUAUUGCAC